UAUUUCUGUGAUUAGAUGCGACCAAACACCCACUCGACCGUCCCCGACCCCAGCGCGUCUCUAAUCCCUAAUUCAUCUUCCUCCCUCUCUUCUCAAUUGAUCGCUCCCAGAAAUCGCAGACAACGUCCGUCGACCUGCGAUGGUGGACGGCACGCGGAUCUGCCAUGUCAGUGUACAAUAUCUGCUCUCGAGUAGAGCAAAUGUUUGUCAUGCAAUGCCCGGAACGUGUGAUUCUCAGUAUCAAGAGGCAGUUCAAGGUACUUGCCUUGAUGCAAACUAGCUGGUAGCUGGGGGCUCGAGGCUCCCUUCCUCUGCUGAGCAAAUGUUCGUCCACAUGUUUUCUGUGUUUAUGAACAAACAACUCCAAGGAAGGAACCUGCCUAUUUCAAUGACUCAUGAACAUUGAUAAAAUUACAAAAAAUCCUGUGUAUUCUGUUUAUUCAGUACAGAUGAAUGUUGCUCACAGUAGGUUGUCACUGCACUUAUUCUGUGAGAUUGUGGAAGGUGGUGAAAACUUGUAGUUGGUCUCUUAUCUGUCGAAAUGCCAGGCUUACCUUUGGCAGUUCGAGAUACCAUGAAUCAUGGUUUCAGUUGUAGCCAUUCAAGGACUAACCAAAUGUGCCGUCAGCAAUCUAGAGUUCGAUUGACUACCGAAGAGCAACUAGCAGCUGAAGAAAGUCUUUCUGUAUACUGUAAACCAGUUGAACUUUACAAUAUACUUCAACGUAGGGCAAUACAAAAUCCUUCAUUUCUGCAGAGAUCGUUGCUGUACAAGAUACAGGCUAAGCACAAAAGGAGAAUACAAAUAACCAUUUCUCUGAUUGGAAGUCUGAAUGCUGAGAUAGAACCACAGCAUGUGUUUCCACUCUAUGUACUAUUAGCUAGACCUAUUGCUGAUACAUUAGUUGCAGAGCACUCUUCAAUGUACCAAUUGAGUCGUCCUUGUGUGCUAACUAAUUUUGCCAAGUUUGGGAACAAGGAUGAAGCUGAAGCCAGCUUUUUGGUUCCAGAGAUUAAGAAACUGACAACUGAUGCAAGAGUUAACAAUCUUGAUAUUAUCAUCAUCAGCAAGGGGGAAUCAAAUGGUGGCUGUGGUGAAUAUCAUUUGUCGAAAGAUAGUGAAGAGUGGCCCUCUUUUCUCAAAUGUGAAGGAAAGUGCCUCUGGGGAAAAAUUGCAGUUAAUUCACUUUGUUUAUCCAUGGAGAAGUCUGUGACUUUGAGCUUAGGACACCAAGUGGAUAUGCUUUCAGCUGUUUCUAUGAAACCAAGCAUUCUGCAGCCAAAAUACCUGGAAAGCCAUCACUGCAUAUUUUUUCAAACUCAAAAUAUGGAUUCUGCUAGUACUUGCCAAGUCCAAGUCAGCAUAUCUGCUCAAGAGGCGGGAGCAAGUGAAAUUUCUCCUUAUGAUCUUUACUCAUAUGACGAUAUUCCAACAUCAUCUUUACCUCACAUCAUCAGAUUGAGAAAAGGGAAUGUUCUUUUUAACUACAGAUACUACAACAACUUGCUGCAAAAGACCGAAGUCACGGAAGAUUUCUCUUGUCCUUUUUGUUUAGCGAAGUGUGCCAGCUUUAAGGGUCUGAGAUAUCACUUAAACUCUUCUCAUGACCUAUUUAAUUUUGAGUUCUGGGUAACCGAGGAGUAUCAAGCUGUGAAUGUUUCUGUGCGAACUGAUACAUGGAGCUUUGAGAUUGCAUCAGAUGGAAAUGAUCCAAGGCUGCAAACAUUUUUCUACCGCUCAAACUUCAAGAGGUGUAGACGAUCAAAGAAUAAUGUUCAGACAGCAAGUCAUGUGCAUCCACAUGUUCUGGAAGCAGGUUCACCUGAAGGAUCACUGGCAGGUUCUCGCAAAGAAUAUGAUAACAAAGACAAUGACAUAUGUUACUCUCAAAGGCCUUAUGUAUCUUUGAGAGAUGGUUCACUUACAAAUGGGCUUAAUGAUGAAGGAAAAAGCUGUAAAUCACUACUGCAUGAGGCUCACUUUAUGAGGCAUAAAUCUGAAAUCAGUUCACAACAUUGCAAUGCUGAAGAGUGCACACGACAUGCUGACACCAUAGGCAUAUGUGCAUCCAUAAAUCAAGCUUCUACCAGUAAUGAUUUUACCCAGCAAGCAUCUGUAACCAAUUUAGCUUCACAAAAUAUGCUGCAGUUUGCAAAGACACGGAAGAUAUCUGAUGAACGGGCUGAUCCAAGAAAUCGUGCACUUCUCCAAAAGCGGCAGUUCUUUCAUUCCCACAGAGCUCAGCCAAUGGCAUCGGAGCAAGUAUUUUUAGAUUGGGAUAGCGAAGAUGAAGUUGAUGAUGACAUUGCAGAUUUUGAAGAUAGAAGGAUGCUUGAUGAUUUUGUGGAUGUUACUAGGGAUGAAAAACAAAUAAUGCAUUUAUGGAAUUCUUUUGUCCGGAAGCAACGUGUUCUUGCUGACGGUCAUGUUCCAUGGGCAUGUGAAGCAUUCUCCCAGCUUCAUGGGCAAGAUCUUAUGCAGUCCCCUGCUUUAAUGCGGUGCUGGAAGUUGUUUAUGGUCAAACUCUGGAAUCAUAGUCUCUUGGAUGCUCGAACUAUGAACAAUUGUAGCCUAAUACUCGAGCGAUUUCAAAACGAGAGCUCAGGCCCCAAACAAAUCUGAUAUGCAUGAACCCUCAGGCCGCGUUAGGUUGGGCGGCUGGUAAAGGAACCAGAACAACUUGGAACAAGCACACUAUACCCUCGCCAUUGCAACUACACCAUUUUUUUGAGUAGGUUUCCUAUGUAUCAUUUUUUUAGUUUUGGGUAAUUUAUUGGGGGUAUCAUUGUCUUCAACUGUAGAUUGUGAGUUGGGGAGUAAAAUGCCUGUUUAAGGCCGCAUUAUCAAGUUUGUUCAUAUAUUCUGAGAUGGUCAAAUUCGAUUCAUGAAUGCGUCGAUGCCCUUUUUAUUCUCGCAA